CACUGGCGUACGACCCCCUUUUAAAAAUCACCUGGCAAGAUUUAACUACACCAAAAUAGGCGGCUUUGGAACCAAGAUGUCCAACCGAGUGGUGUGCAGAGAAGCAAGUCACGCCGGGAGCUGGUACUCCGCUUCGGGGUCCCAGCUGAAUGCACAACUAGAAGGCUGGCUGUCACACGCACAGUCCACAAUCAAACCCGCUAGAGCCAUCAUUGCUCCGCAUGCAGGGUAUACCUACUGUGGUGCUUGUGCCGCACAUGCCUACAAGCAGGUGGACCCCUCUGUUACUCGUAGGGUGUUCAUCUUGGGACCCUCUCACCAUGUGCCCCUCUCCCGCUGUGCCCUGUCACCAGCAGACGUCUAUAGAACACCUCUCUAUGACUUGCGAAUCGACCAGAAGGUUUAUGCCGACCUUUGGAAAACAGGGUUGUUUGAGCGGAUGAGCAUGCAGACGGACGAAGACGAGCACAGCAUCGAAAUGCACUUACCUUACACUGCGAAAGCCAUGGAAAGCCACAAAGAUGAGUUCAGUAUCGUUCCCGUGCUUGUGGGCGCUCUGAGCGAGUCCAAAGAACAAGAGUACGGGAAGCUGCUUAGCAAAUACCUGGCUGACCCUUCCAACCUUUUCAUCAUCUCAUCGGACUUCUGCCACUGGGGUCAGCGGUUCCGUUACACGUACUACGAUGAAGCGCAAGGGGAGAUCUAUAGGUCUAUUGAGCAUCUUGAUAAAAUGGGAAUGGGCAUUAUAGAGCAGCUGGAUCCCAUGUCUUUCACCAACUACUUGAAAAAGUACCGCAACACCAUCUGUGGCCGUCACCCCAUUGGAGUGCUACUAAAUGCUGUAGCUGAGCUGAGGAAGAACGGUUUAGACAUGAACUUCACUUUUCUGAACUACGCUCAGUCAAGUGAGUGCAGGAACUGGCAGGACAGCUCCGUGAGUUACGCCGCAGGGGCCCUCAUCGUUCAUUGAGGUCGACGAUCGCAGGGGUCACUGCAAAGACACAGCCCUGCCCUUUAUUAUCUAUCGCCAUAACCUGACCUAACCCCUGCCCCCUCUCACCUUACUCCCCCAAUCAACGCCUACUAUUUGCAGGAAGGACCUAAACACGCCGAGCCAAUAGUCCCCCCCCUUCCCUCGUUUCGUCCCCAGCUCGCCUGCUUUUUUCCCCACCCUCCUCACAAUUUGCUGUUCUCUCAGCACUGAAGGGGGAAUCAUUUGAGUUUCAAGUGCAGUUUUGAGAUAAUAGGUCCUUGAAAAGGUUCAGAGAAGCUUGGAUGGGUAAGGAAUAUUAUGGUAUAAUUGUGGAAGAUUUGAGCUCUUUGGAUUCUUUGUCUCUUUAUGGAUUUGAGUUGUGAUACGCAAUCUGCAUCGGGACACACGGCUGCCUGUGCUCAUGUAAUCUUCCUCCCAAAAGGAAUGAAAAAAAAAAAUCUGCACAUUUUCAUGGAAACCAAUACUGAAAUGUCAGAUGAAGGUGAAAUAACUCCAACCAUAAAAGCAGUUUCCUAGAUAUUGACUACCAUUGUGCUUAACAUACAAUGUGUUGGAGUUUUUAACAAAAGGGCUGCAUUCAGAUCGACCCAUAAACUAUACUUUACAAAACCAAGAACAGGUAUAGCUCACAUAAUAUAUUUAUUCAUAUUUUGUAAAACUUAUGUAUCUCUUUAAAAGUUUUAGUGGGUGUGGUAUUAUUUACUAAAUACUAUGUAGAUUUUUAGUCAAUAUCAUUUAGCCAGUAACUUAGUGGCGCAACUUUGCUGUAUCAAUAUUAAUUCCCACAAUCACACUUCAUGGUUUGUUACCAAUGUAAAAGGAAACUAUAAAGAUUUAUUUUUUAAAUUGUCGGAACUAUUAUUAUAAUAUUUGAAUAGCAAGAAUCUGCAUUUGUUUUUCUGUUUUAGUCAGAAAUGUCUAAUGUUAAAGAUUAUUGAAUGUUUUGGCUUGGUGUGGUAACAUUUUGUAAAGAUUUGACCUCAGUAUUGGUAGCAAAGAGUUAGGGGAAAUUAGGAAUUUAUGAGCUGCACAAAGCCAUUUUGAAUUUUCAUCGGCUUUGACAAUAUCUGCUUAAAAAAUGUGCACCAUUAUGAUGGUUUUAAGUGCAUAAAACGCGAGCAGUAAGUGAACUAUGAUGGUAGCAUGGACUAAUGGCAAUAUAUGUUUGUUUGAGGAUUAUUACUUUCUGCAGGGGCUCCCACUCGUACAUGAUGCAGUCCUCAGCGCAAUAAGAGUGGUAUAUAGGUAGAAACUGUGUGGCCACAGACUGAGAGCUGAUUCACCAGACACUUGACUUCUGGUGUUUUGUUUCAAACCAGUAAAAAAUGACACACUGUGUUACUGUGCCUUUUUAUCACUGUUGCACAAACACAUAUAAAGCAUAUUCUCAUUUGUAGUCUUAUUUAGAAUAUGUUUUGAUUUUUUUUCUCUCCACGUGUAAUCUUCCCUCUUUUUGCCUACCUGAUGCCCACAGUGUGUUGGUGACCUUUCCCCCCCAUCUGUUGGUCUCAAGUGGUGCCAACUUUUAUCUGCUUUGUCCAGCAGAGGGUGAUGGUCGCCUUUUUCCCCACCUCAUCUCAUUCCUGUAGAGACAAAGCCUGAACCUCAACACUGUUGUUUUGCUUUUUAUUGAUUUUUAUUUGUCUUUUAGAAAUGUUGGUGGGGGGAGGAGGUUUUUUUUUUUCUUUUCUUGCUCGGAGGAUGAAAAACGUACACAUAUUAAACAGAAAUAUACUACAUACAUACUCCUAAAUGGAGUUUUUUGAUCUCAGGUUCCACUGAAAAGCAUUGCAAGAAGGUCUUCAGAUGAAGAUUUAUGUUACAAAGCAAGUAAAGUGUACUGAAAA